AUGGAAUCCCGCGCGUCCAGCGCCAUGAAUGAUGCAGGUUCUCGCUCUCCUGUUGAGCCGUCUGGCAACAGCACUAUCAAAGCCGAGAACAUAACAGAUGACACUCCGCAUGAAAUCAUGAGUACCUCGCAGACUCCAGCUCCUGCCACUACUGAUCAGCCCACUGAGUCAAAUUCACGACAAUCAUCAUCACGUCCAUCAGAACUGGCAUCUGCACAAAAUCUCUCUGACGUUGCGAUGGGCGACGCGAUGCCAUAUGGAACACGCUCACGCAACCGCCCUCGACCAAAUUAUGCAGAGGAUCAAGAUAUGGAUUUCGAAGUNCCCCCGCCACCAGCCAAGCCUGCAUCUGCCAAAAACGCCACGGUCGGUGAUUCAAAGCGGAAUCAACAAGUUGCGACGGAGACUAAGAAGGCUACUGCUGAUCCUUCAUUUGUUCGAGUCAAUGGUGCAGACCAAGACGAGAGGUCGCCAUCUGCUUCUGGUAAAGAGACAAUUCCUGGAACUUCCACUUUUUCGACUGCCCCUCCCAAGAAGCGUAAGGCAGCCGGUGCCGCCAAUACUGCCAUCGUUGCAUCAGGAUCUGGUAGCACCACUGCAAAUGCGGCUGCGCAACCCACUACAAAACGACCGGCAUCUUCCACCCCGUUGGCAAACAUGUCUCGUGGGUCUAACAUGAUGACUUUCGAAAAGUCAAAGGGAUUUCUAAAGAAAGGCGGACUUGUUGCAGACGAUGGCACGGUAUUAUACGUCGAUGGUAAGAAUGUUUUGUUAUCUCUGUUUUUCACGUUUCGUACGACUAAUGCAAACCUCUANGAUCACGUAUAUCUCGUCUGCGAACCACCCGGUGAUCCUUAUUACCUCUGCAGGAUCAUGGAAUUUCUACACACCAAUUCUGACGAUCCGAAAUCUCCCGUAGACUCGAUCCGGGUGAAUUGGUUCUACCGUCCGCGCGACGUACAGCGACUCAACAACGACAGCCGUCUUGUAUACGGUACCAUGCACUCUGACGUUUGCCCCCUCACAUCUCUGCGUGGAAAGUGUCAGAUUCUCCAUCGGUCAGAAAUUGACAACCUUGACGAGUACCGCAAAGGCACGAAUUGUUUUUGGUUCAGUCAGAUUUUUGAUCGCUUCAUCCGCCGAUUCUACGAAGUGAUUCCAACUUCUCAAAUUAUCAAUGUUCCGGAUAAGGUCAAGCGAGCUUUGGAUGAGAGAUGGAAGUUCAUCGCUGUCGAGACCAACAGAGUCAAAGAGCUCACAGCGGCGGUCAAGCUUUGUAAGCGAUGCACUCAAUACUGUGCAAGGUACGAACCUCACAUGCAACAACCGAAAAAUCAUCGCUAA